AGUUUGGUGAUAACUCGAGAUAUAUAUACGACCGGAGACUUACGAUCGAUCCAUGUACGCAGUUUAGAAAUGUAUCAUCGUGUGAUCGUAGCAGUCACGAGUAUUUUACUCGCCGUUGCUCUUGCAGCGGAAAUUCGACCCCGCGAGUUAAAGGAUCCCAAUUAUGUGCCAGGUCGUCAUGUUAUGGUUCACUUGUUUGAAUGGAAAUGGAACGAUAUUGCGAACGAGUGCGAAACGUACCUUGGGCCGAACGGGUUCGCUGGUGUUCAGACAUCGCCGGUAACGGAAAACUUGAUCGUCGCAUCAAGACCAUGGUGGGAACGUUAUCAGCCGAUAUCUUACCGCUGGAUAACACGAUCCGGUAACGAGCAAGAGUUUCGGGAUAUGGUGAAACGAUGCAAUCGCGCCGGUGUGAGAAUUUACGUGGAUAUACUGCUGAAUCAAAUGACUGCGGACCAAGAGACGGCCGUUGGGACCGGUGGCUCAACCGCUGAUACGAAAGCACGCCAAUACUGGGCAGUUCCUUACGGCAUUAAUGAUUUCCAUGCUUAUUGUGCGCUUAACAAUUACUCGAACCCGGCUGAAGUGAGAAACUGCGAACUCGUUGGUCUUCAUGACCUGAACCAGGCAUCGGAGUAUGUUAGAGGAAAAAUUGUCGAGUUGCUCAACUCGCUGAUCGACGCAGGUGUCGCUGGAUUCCGAGUCGACGCUUCAAAACACAUGUGGCCCAAAGAUCUUCGGGUGAUCUAUUCUCGUCUAAAGACUCUCAAUACUGACCAUGGUUUCCCAGCGAAUACUUACCCGUACAUUUAUCAAGAAGUGAUCGAUAACGGGGGUGAAGCGAUCUCGAAGUACGAAUACAAUGCUCUCGGUGUUGUCACCGAAUUCCGCUACGGUUCGGAAAUCAGUAACGCCCUGAAGGGAAACAAUCCCUUGAAAUGGUUCCAAAGCUUCGGCGAAACUUGGGGCCUCCUGCCGAGCAGGGACGCUUUAGUUUUCAUCGACAACCACGAUAACCAACGGGGAAGCGGCGGUGGUGGUAACAUUCUUACGCAUAAAUCGUCCAAACUGUACAAGAUGGCUGUAGCGUUUAUGUUGGCACAUCCUUACGGUACUCCGAGAGUAAUGAGCUCGUUUGCCUUCGACCACUCGGACCAAGGGCCGCCGGCUGACAAAGACGGAAACCUAAUUUCACCAACAUUCAAUAGCGAAGGAGCCUGUGAGAGUGGUUGGAUAUGCGAGCAUCGUUGGCGCCAGAUUUCAAGCAUGGUUGCCUUCCGAAAUAUCGUCGAAGGCACGCCGCUAACCGAUUGGUGGGACAACGGAAAUAAUCAAAUUGCUUUUUCCCGUGGGGAUCGUGGAUUCAUCGCAAUCAACGCUGACAAGAGGAACCUCACCCAAAUGAUCCAUACGAAACUUCCUUUCGGUAUCUAUUGCGAUGUUAUUUCGGGAGCUCUCGUUAAUGGCAAAUGUACCGGAAGGACUGUAUUGGUCGGUUCGAACGGGAAAGCUUACGUCGAAAUUCUCCUCGGGGACGAAGAUGGAGUCGUCGCUGUUCAUAUCAACUCAAGAGUCCCCGAGCGCACGAGGAAGACGAACAGAGGAUCGGUCUAAUCGGUGCCAAGUUGAUUCUACUGUGACUGAUGCAAAACAAUUAAACGAUAACAGAUGGACGCGUGUAAAUUAGAAAUGACCAAAGUAACGGAUACGCUUGUAAUCUCAUUAAGUAUUACCGAUUAGCGAGUGAAUCUCGUCAAGGUACGUAGCUGAUAAGAUGUAGGAAUUUGGUGGAAGAUAAGAAGUACAGUCGCAUCCCCUCAAAGCCUGUCCGCUACAAGCCUCUUCACCGUUUUCGAGGUUUGUGCUCAACUGUCUCUUACAAGCCCGGAGCAAAUUUCCAACUUUAAAUCGAUUUGUAUAAUUAUAUAUAGAUAUAUAAUAACCUCAGGCUUGUAGCGAAUAGCUGGUCGCAAAGUCGAAGGCUUAUAAAGAGAUUGGACGGUCGAGCGAUUUCUAUUUUGAAAAACACAAAAUUUCGUUUAUUUUUACCAGAAAUGGGAAAACUAUUUGUUUUUUUUUCUUUUUUUAUCUUUUCAUUAUGGAAUUCUGGUAUACACAGAGCGACGUUAAACUUGAAAUCAUACGCGACGAUUUUGCGACGAAGUAAUGCGCGAAGUGAGAAGACAAAAAGAAAAGAAAGAAAGAUAAAGAAGAAUGCGGACAGUUCGAAGAGCUGAAAAAUCUACGGAAACAUCAAACCUGAUAUCGAUUCUUGGGAUUGAGAGGAGUUAUGUGUGGAAGUUGAAAUAAAAGUAUGACAAAAUCCUCAUCAUUACUCGUUACUUGAAAUUUUUUUAUCUUCUAUACGUAACUCUUCGACGUUAUAACACAGAAAAAUGUCUAUUUGUAGUUGUUUAUAUAUUUGUACAUGAGUGUGUCUGCGUGUGUGUGGUUGUGUAUGUUUAUUGGUGGAUUCGAUGAUUCGACAAAACGUGCUCGUCGAUAUCCCCUCGGGUGCUAAAAUAAAAUUGAUCUUCUCUCGCAUCAUCUUAUUUCUCUGUGUGGCUUCGGAUAAAAAUAAAAAUAUAUAAAUAAAUGCCUAAGCGCGGGAUAUGUACAUAAAUAUAUGAAAAUUCAAGUAAAAGCCGCACUGCAACUGAA